AUGGCGGCUGAAGCACCCCCACCACCACCCACCAUCCACGACCACAUCAAUUACGCCGCGACCGAAAACAAUGCCCUCCUCAAGACUGUGUCCGAAACGGAUUAUGCCCCGGCAGCGGCCGAGCAGAAUAAGAACUACAUAGCAGCUCUCACCCGCCAAAUUCGCCAUAAAGAGAGGCAUGUCGAAGCCCUCGCGUCCGUACGUAUGAAAGAGAAAUCAUCUCAUGAAAAGUACCAAGACUCGACGAUGCGGCGCCUCGCUUACAAGAUGUCUGGCAAAAGGGGAGAGUUUGAGCAAAAGGCUGCAAAGGAGGAGCGAGACUACUUCGAAGCCGUGCAGGCAGAGUUCGAGGCUAGUCGCUCCCUCGAAGCUCUCCAGAAGAAUCUGAAGGAGGCCCAGCAGACGAAAGAAGAGAUGGACAUGGUUUUGGUUACCCACCAGGCUGCGUCGGAGGCGCUGGAUAAACUGUACGCUUCUGUCUUCGAUGGGCCGACGCCUGGGUUCCCCGAGGAAGAUCAAGCGGAGCAGGAGGUGCAGAGCGCGAAGCAGCUGUUUAAUGAGGCCCAAGGUGCACUCAGCAAUGAAAAGCAGGUCGUGCAGAUCCUUGAACGAACGCGGCAGGUUAUGAACUAUGCUAUAUCCCACAUGGACGAUGCUGAGAGCGCCAGUCGAGCUGAUAUCUGGGGAAUUGGAGGCUCGUUUGCUGAUUUGUCUGAGAGGUCCGCGCUGGCGAGGGCGCGGGACGCUGUACAUCAGGUCGAGCAGUUGAUGCAGCAGGCACAGCAACUGAGCCACGAGACUUCACCGCUGGGGCCAAUGGCUAUUGCCGAUGGACAUUUUAUGAGCGACAUGUUGUUUGAUAAUGUCUUCUCGGAUUAUGCUUUUCAUCAGCUCAUUAAAGAGAGUACUACUCAGGUUGUGGAUGCCAGUAAAAAGUUGGUAAUUGAGACUCAGAAGGCUAAACAGAGGGUUGUUCGUUGGCAGGGUGUGGCGGACGAGAGGAGGAGAACAUUGAUGCAGGCAAGAGAGAAGCUGCAAACCAUAAGGCGGGGUGUUUUCGAUAGUGUCGCUGGAGGGUUGCCAGAGUAUCAGCCAUAA